GGACACUUCUCCAUUUCUUACCCACUCUCGUCGGCCUUUGCCCCCUUUCUUAGCUUUCUCCCUCUGUCUCCCACACCUCCUCCGUUCCCGCAGUGAAUGUCAUCAAACGAGGAAGACUAUGGCCCCGAUCCGUAUCGCGUGAAGAAACGCCGCGUACAGCGAGCCUGUGAUCUAUGUCGAAGGAGGAAAAGUCGCUGCGCUGAACCUUCUGGUGGACUCAGGCGACGGCUCACAGCAGCCAGGGUCCCGGUGCUCGACAUGUCAGGACGCGAACUCGGAGUGUACUUACUUGGAGGGUGCAGUGGUGAAAACGUGCUCCACCUAAGAAUAGCAGCUACGUCGAGUCUCUGGAAGCGCGACUCGAUCGCUCGGAGGCAUUGGUCAGACAGCUUCGUGCCGAGCUCGCUGCGGCGCAGUUUGCCAUUUCCGCACCAUUGCCCUCCGCAGCAUCGGAAACAUCAAACGGUUCAGAGAAGGCAUAAUGGGGUACAGGUUGCGUUGCCGUCCGCCUCGCUUGAAAUGCUACGAAAUGCACUACAACACUUGACGUCCCCGCCGCGCUCAGCUCAAGCCGAGCCUCUGCUUCACAUCGAGAUUGCGAAAAGAGUCGGUCUGUAUUUUGUGUUCCUUUCUUGCGUCGCUCACGAUUCUGCGAAGCUGGAACAUCUGACUUUCACUGAAAAACCCGAGAAACACUUCAUGGGCAAGUCGUCCGGGGUUGAGCUCAUGAAGGUGACGAUGGAUAUGCGCGACGAAGUGACGAAGGCUUCUCUGCGUCAGCAAAUCUCGAAUGCCAAUUCGGCCGCAUCUUCGCCCGAUCUUGCAGACAGCCCGGAGGCAGUGUGGGAAGACCCGUGCCCGGAUAGUCUUUUGGGAUGGAGCCACAAGCGCUGGGAGUUUUGGAACUUCAAGCCGGUGUGUCCUAUACUCCUUGUGCCUCCACAUCAGACUACUCAAGAGUGGCAGUGGGAGAAAUCCAUUCCAACCCUGCGCCCCUAUGUCUUUCCAGAACAAGGGUUCAUUUUCGAACUGGUGGAUUUGUAUUUCCAACACAUGAAUAUUUACUAUCCGGUAUUCCAUCGGCCGACGCUCGAGAGGCAUCUGCUAGCCGGACUACAUCACAGGCAAGCGCCAGACACUGGGUUCGGUGCCGUUGUUCUCCUUCUUUGCUCUGUCGCUUCCCGCUGGUCCCACGAUCCGAGGGUCGGGGGCCCGACCGAACCAGGAGCUCGCAAUUUGAAUUGCGGCUGGCAGUGGUUCGAUCAGGUUCCCUUCGUUGGAGGGCAUCUGUUCAACCAGGGCACGCUGUACGAUCUUCAAUACUACGUGCUUGCGGUCCAAUUCCUAGAACAUGCGUGCGCGCCUCAGGCUUGUUGGACCCUGAUUGGGAUCGGUUUGCGAUUGGCUCAGGACAUGGGAGCUCAUCGACGCAUGAGUUCUGACGAGGAUCUGACCGUCGAGCGCGAGCUGACCAAAAGAGCCUUCUGGUAUCUCUUGGUCAUGGACCGCAGUGUCAGUGCCGCCAUGGGCCGGUCAUGCGCUCUGCAGUAUGAUGAGUUUGACGUCGACCCUCCAAUCGAAUGUGACGACGAGUAUUGGGAAAAUCCUGAACGGCCAUUCCAGCAGCCGCCGGGAUUUCCUUCACGUGUAUCCUUCUUCAACACUGUGAUUGGUUUGAACCAUCUCCUGGCUUUCAGUCUUAAAAUCUUGUAUCCGCUGUAUAAAACGCGCACCGCGUUCAAUAUGAACGGGGCUUUGUUCGAGGAAAGUGUCGUGGCUGAACUGGACUCUGCACUUAAUCAAUGGUUGGACAAUGUUCCUGAGCAUCUUCGUUGGGACCCCAUGCGUGUCGAUCCAGUGUUCUUCGAUCAAUCCGUUGCGCUGCAGUGUGAAUAUCAUCAUCUUCAGAUCUUCAUUCAUCGGCCGUUCAUCCCCAUGUUGCGCAAGACACUGCCGUUGGCUCUGCCAUCACUAACGAUCUGCACCAACGCCGCACGAGCUUGCGCUAAUCUAUGUCACGCGCAGCGACAACGAAAAGGAGAUGUCCCGGUGGUUAUCAACUUGUCGCCGAUUUUCGUUGCGGGUAUGGUUCUGCUGUUGAAUGUCUGGAGUGGGAAAUUGUCCGACUCGUCGCGCGAACUUGGGAACGUAUAUAAGUGCAUGGAGGCUGCCCGAGUAGCGGAGGGUCGAUGGCGAGGUCCAGGUUUGAUGUGGGACAUCUUUGCGGAACUUGCGACACUGCCACAGUUCGCUAAUCGACCUCCGGCAUCGCCUGAUCACGCACCGAGGAGACAAUCUCGUCCCCAUCCGAAUCCACCUGCGUCUGUCUACCCCGAAUCUGUCUCUGCCUCCUUCACACCAUCAAGUUCAGUUUCACCACCCAACAGCCAAUGGGCGGGUUUCGACGGAUCUUCACCUUACGUGCAAGCGAAUGAGGGCUUCGGGAUCGGCCCCGAGUCCGAGUUUCCUCCUUUUUUGGACGACGGGACGAUUGCGAUGUGGAACAACGCUCCAACGACUUGGGAGCUGGGGGAUUGGGGGUCGUAUCUGAACAACUUUAACAACACGGAGAUUAGACCGGCGAGUCAUCCACCAUACGGAGCUAUCUAAACGUUACUCAGCCGCGUAAGAUUGGUGGAAUAAUAAUCUGUAGAUCUCGACUUUUCAAAUCUUUUGCGUUGCAUACAUGUCGUUGAAAUUGACGAAUUGAAACUGAUUACUGCACUAUCAACAAGCCGGCACUCCAGUGAACCCGGAUCCGCACGCAUUCGUG